AUGGCACAGAAACCGUUGACUUAUAAGCAGAAGUCCGGAAUAGCAUUCAUAGAGCAGGAUGAUCCCCCAUUCAUCAAGGAAAUGAAGAAGAAAAUGGGUUUCAAAGAACCACCUAAACUGGAGGAUAAAGUGAGUUCUUCUCACUUUAUUUCACGUGGAUUUUUUAUAUGA